ACGCUCCCUCGAAUUCGAAAGGAUCGUGUUUCUCAGCUUCAGCUUCGCAAACGGUCGAUUGGGCAUUCAAGUUGUUCCUUUCUCUGGUGCACGAUAUGUGUUAUUGUUGGCGUGUUCUGAAGAGUGAAGACUCCGUUUAAUAAUUACGUUUAAUCUUGAAAAUAUCUUUUCCUCACUCUCCUGUGUUUGUUUCCGACUUAUUAUUGGAGGGCAAAGUCGAAAUUAGUUGAUUUGAUUGUUAAGGUUGUAAUUCACUGGCGUGAAAUAUUUAUAAGAGGUUGAAGAACUUGGUUACCGGCUCUUCCGUUGUAACAUGUGAAAUUUAGGGUUGCAAUAGUACCUCAAACAAAGGAUUCGUUGUUAUAAACGGUUUGCCCAUAGACACGAGUGUUUCAGAUAGGGAGGGUAGGGAAAUGUAUUUCCACUACAUAUCCAGGACAUUUAGGUUGCUUUACUAAGGUAUACCAACACAAUUAGGGGUCAUGUUGCGAAUUUUUGCCAAGGAUGAUUUUUCAAUGCUGUUAAAAAGAGAGCUGAGUAAGGUAAAUGCUUAAGUAUAUGUCGAUCUUAAUUUGAUAUCAUGACACCAAUGCUUUGUUUAUGAUAGAUGACAAGCGCUUGGACAAAUAUGAGCUUUGCAAUCAAACAUAGGGAUAUAGAGAGGGAGUGGGAGAAUCGGGGUGGAGUUGUGGUUAUUUUUUAAAAUAAUUGGAGAUUCUUGCUCACUCUCAGAAGAUGUAUGCCUGCUAAUAUUCUGGAAAGGAUGAGGAGAUCAAAUUUAAUUUCAUAUUGUUAUAGCUUUGGAGCAUCUUGGAGCAAAAUGAGCAAUGGAGCUUGUGGAGCAUGGCUCACCUCAGGGAUUGCUCUCUUGGUUUGCUUCAUAGUUUUGGUUUUAUUUUAUUUUUGUGUAAUCAUUAGAGUAAUGAUGAUGACAAUUAGACAUUUAGGUUUAGGUGUGGCUUCAUAAAGUGACAGAUUUCUUCUUUACUGAUGAUUUCCAAUUUUGUUUGUAGACAAACUGUAUAACUUCUAACAGAUGAGUGGUCGCUUCUCUCGCACAAUUUAUGUUGGCAACUUGCCAUCCGACAUAAGGGAAUCAGAAAUUGAAGAUCUGUUUUACAAGUAUGGCCGUAUAAUAGAUAUUGAAUUGAAGAUUCCACCACGCCCUCCAUGUUAUUGCUUUGUUGAGUUUGACAAUGCUCGAGAUGCGGAAGAUGCAAUUCGAGGUCGGGAUGGAUACAACUUUGAUGGUUGUCGGUUAAGGGUGGAGCUUGCUCAUGGUGGUAGAGGGCCAUCAUCAAGUGAUCGACGGGGAUACGGAGGAGGAGGAGGAGGAGGAGGAGGAGGCGGUGGAGGUGGUGGCGGCGGCGGCCGAUUUGGCAUCUCGCGCCAUUCUGAAUAUCGAGUUAUUGUUCGUGGACUGCCAUCUUCUGCAUCCUGGCAAGAUUUGAAGGAUCAUAUGCGAAAGGCUGGUGAUGUUUGUUUUGCUGAGGUUUCACGUGAUAGUGAAGGAACUUUUGGCAUUGUUGAUUACACAAACUAUGAUGACAUGAAAUAUGCUAUUCGGAAACUGGAUGACACUGAGUUUAGAAAUCCUUGGGCAAGAGCUUAUAUUCGGGUGAGGAAGUAUGAGGGUAGUCGUUCUAGGAGCAGGAGCAGAAGCAGAAGCCCCAGCAGGAGCAGAAGUCCCAAAAGGGCUAGGUCACGAUCUUUGGAACGAUCUGUGUCUAGGUCACGAUCUAGAUCUCGAUCUGCAUCACCAAUCAAGUCUUCCAGGCCAAGAUCACGAUCACGAUCACGAUCUGGAUCUCCACGCCAGGUGCUGUCAGGUAGUGGUUGAUUCUCUGAAAAAAUGCCGGUGCUUCUCUGGAGAUAUUGCUCCAUUCUGGGUAGUAUUGGGAUUAUAUGAAUUCGUUUAAGUUGUUUGGAGGAAAAUCAUUGAUGUAACAAAGCAAUUUCCUUGGUAAUUAUCAGUUUGGUGAUUCUGUAGGGCCUGUACUUAUUUGAUGCUUUCUACUGUCAUGGUUUUGUUUCGUUUAAACAAAUAUGUUGGACAUUAGCCUAAUGCGCAAGAGGUUGUACUUUUCAACGAGU